AGAUGAGCAUGAGGUAAUAUUCUAGGUAUCCUUUUGUCUGAGUUCUGCCUGUUUUGUCCCCUCACCAUGUCUAAGUAUUUAUUAUUUCAUUUAUUUAUCCCUAAAUUCUGUGGGGAGGGUACUAUUAAAGUACUAUUACCUGCAUUUUAGAGAGGAGGAAACUCAUGGAUGCUGAGGCUUUUGAGAGAAAAGUCAGACUUCAGUUGUUUAAAUAGACACAGAACAGAGACACUUGAAGAAUUAAGAUUUUCACAAUAUUCAUUAUCCAAGAUAUGUAUUAAGCUGCGAGGAACUUUUCUGGACACUGGGACUAUAGCAGUGAAUAGAACAGAUAGAACUUCUGUUCUUUCACAGCUUACAUUCUAGUAAGGGGAUAAGAAAAGAGAGACUACAAACAAGGUGGUGAGAAGGACUAGAAAGAAAAAUAACUUUAAGAUAAGGAGAAGAGAGAGCGAUUAGGGAGUCGUAUUUUGUAGAGAAGGGUCAAAAAAAAGUCUGUCUGUCAUACAGAGAUGUCAAGGGAGUGAAGGAGCAUGCCACUUGUCAUCUGGGACAAGUGUAUUCUGGAAAAAGAAGGGCAGGUACAAGUUCAAAGAUCUAAUGUGGGGUCAUGCUUGGAAAGGGUAAGGAAUGACCAGACAAGAGUUGGGAGUUAGGCACUGAAGAUGUCAGAUCUUGCAAGGACUUGGGAUUUUUUUCUGGUUGAGUUAAGAAGCCAGUGGGGGAUUUGGAAUAAAGGAGUGGCUGAUUGUGACAUGCCUUUUAAAGAUUCCUCUGUCUGUUGGGAGGAAAUGACUGAAGAGACACACCGUUGGUAGGAAAGACCCCCUGGGACUCUAUCAAGAAAAGAGGCAGUAGGGGAGGUGGGGAGAAGUGGUUAGAGUCUAAUACUGAAUUCAUAAACUCUUAAACUUUAUGUUCUCCCACACCAGGUGCAGGGGAGGUGAGGGGAAGUGGUUAGAGUCUAAUAUUAAACAUAAACUCUUAAACUUUAUGUUCUCCCACACCAGGCACUGGGAAAAUACCAAGGCAAGGUAAAUAGCUUGUGAUCCAGAUUGCUUUUGCCACCAACCUGAAGACAUAUGGCCCCAUAAGGACAGAAACCAUUCUGUUCAUUUCUGUGUUUUGGACCUUCCAUGUACACGGUUACAGACGUCAAGUGAUGACAAUGCGUCAAUGUAGAUCCAUCAGUUGCAACAAACGAGCCAUGCUGGUGGGGCAUGUUGAUAAUGGGGGAGGCCAGGUAUGCGUGGAGGAUUUGAAAUCAUCUUCAUCAUUCAUAUGAGGGAACCAGUGAUAGAAUCCUUGGAGUUACAAUGAAACAUAUCAGAAGCUUUUACUUAUUUUGUAGUAUUGCUGUGUCAGUGCAGGGCUGGGCUUCGAAGUUGCCAGAAGAAAGGGAGUUAACGACCAAUUUCUCCAACAUGUCUCUAAGAAAGGUUCCUGCAGACUUGACCCCAACCACAACCACACUGGAUUUAUCCUACAACCUCCUUUCUCGACUCCAAAAUUCAGAUUUUCGUUUUGUCUCUAAACUGAAAGUUUUGAUUCUGCGCCAUAACAAAAUCCAAGAGCUGGAUGUCAAGACAUUUGAAUUCAACGGAGAGUUAAGAUAUUUAGAUUUGUCUUAUAACAGACUGAAGAUUGUAACUUGGUAUUCACUGGCGGGUCUCAGACAUUUAGAUCUUUCUUUCAAUGAUUUUGACACCAUGCCUAUCUGUGAGGAAACUGACAACAUGUCACAUUUGGAAAUCCUAGGUUUAAGUGGGGCAAAAAUACAAAAAUCAGAUUUCCAGAAAAUUUCUCAUUUGCAUCUAAAUACUAUCUUCCUAGGAUUGAAAAGUCUUUCUCAUUAUGAAGAAGGUAGCCUGCCCAUCUUAAACACAACAAAACUUCACAUUGUUUUACCAAUGAUCACAAAUUUCUGGGUUCUUUUGCAUGAUGGGAUCAGGACCUCAAAAGUACUAGAAAUGACAAAUAUAGAUGGCAAAAGCCAACUUGCAAGUUAUGAAACUCAACAAAAUCUUACUUUAGAGGAUUCCAAGACCUCUAUUCUAUUACUUAAUAGAGUUGAUUUACCCUGGGAUGACCUUCUCCUACUCUUCCAGUUUAUUUGGCACACAUCAAUAGAAUGCUUCCAAAUCCAACAUCUGACUUUUGGAGGCAAGGUUUAUCUUGACCACAAUUCAUUUGAUUACUUAAAGACUGUAAUGAGAACUAUGAAAUUGGAGCACAUACAAUUCAGAGUUUUUUCUGUUUCACAGGAGAGGGUCUACUUGCUUUUUACCAAAAUGGAUGUAGAAAACCUGACUAUAUCAGAUGCACAAAUGCCUCACAUGCUGUUUCCUGUUUAUCCUACAAGAUUCCAGUAUUUAAAUUUUGCUAAUAAUAUCUUAACAGAUGACCUGCUUAAGCAACCUAUCCAGUUGACUUAUUUGAAAACUCUCAUUCUGAAGGGCAAUAAAUUGGAGACACUUUCUUUAGUGAGUUUCUUUGCCAGCAACACAUCCUUGAAGCACUUAGAUCUGAGCCAGAAUCUGUUACAACAUGAAAAUGAUGAAAAUUGCUUUUGGCCAGAAACCCUGAUCACUAUGAACCUGUCCUCCAACAGAUUUGCUGAUUCUGUUUUCAAGUGCUUGCCCAGAAGUAUUCAAAUACUUGACCUGAAUAAUAACAAAAUUCAAACUCUCCCUAAAGACAUUAUUCAUCUGAAGUCUUUGCAAGAGCUGAAUCUUGCAUUUAAUUUUCUCACUGAUCUUCCUGGGUGUAGUAAUUUCAGAAAACUCUCAAUUCUGAACAAUGUAAUGAACUUAAUUCUCAGCCCAUCUUUGGAUUUUUUUUAGAGUUGUCAGGAAGUUAAGACUCUGAAUGCAAGAAGAAAUCCAUUCCAGUGUACUUGUGAAUUAAGAGAUUUCAUUCAGCUUGAAAAGUAUUCAGAGAGCAUGAUGAUUGGAUGGUCAGAUUCGUACAUCUGCGAAUACACUUUGAAUCUAAAGGGGACUCGGUUAAAGGAUGUUCAUCUUCCUGAAUUAUCUUGCAACACAGCUCUGUUGAUUGUCACCAUUGUGGUUAUCGUGCUAGUUCUGGGGAUGGCUGUGGUCUUCUGCUGCUUCUACUUUGAUCUGCCCUGGUAUCUCAGGAUACUGGGUCUAUGGACACAGACACUGCAGAGGAUUAGAAAGACGGGCCAAGAACAACUCAAGAGAAAUGUUUGGUUCCAUGUGUUUAUUUCAUACAGAGAAUGUGAUUCUACGUGGGUGAAGCAUGAAUUAAUCCCCAAUCUAGAGAAAGAAGAGAAAUUGAUUUGCCUCCAUGAGGGACACUUUGACCCUGGCAAGAGUAUUACCGAAAAUAUCAUGAACUGCCUUGAGAAAAGCUAUAAGUCCAUCUUUGUUUUGUCUCCCAACUUUGUCCAGAGUGAAUGGUGCCAUUAUGAACUCUACUUUGCCCACCACAGUCUCUUCCAUGAAAACUCUGAUUAUGUCAUGUUUAUCUUACUGGAACCCAUUCCACUCUACUGCAUUCCUACCAGGUAUCCUAAGAUGAAAGCUCUUCUGGAAAAAAAAGCAUACUUGGAAUGGCCUAAGGAUAGGCGUAAAUGUGGAGUUCUUGGGGCAAAUCUUCGAGCUGCUAUUAAUGUUAAUUUAUUAGAAACCAGAGGGAUGUGUGAACUGCAGACAUUGGUGGAGCUAAAUGAAAAGUCUUGAGGUUCUGCAAUCUCUCUGAUAAGAACAGACUGCCUAUAAAAUCCUCUCUUCCCCUGGAAAAAUGCAAAGGAAAUUGGGGCCUGCAUACAUUUUCAGGAUAGAAGUUGAUACCACCUUUAUGCUGGUAACUGAGCAAUACCAUUAAAAUGAAAAAUGAUUAUUUUUUUAUGUCCAUUCCCAGAAGGAUUUCUAAGAAUGUAUAUACAGAAACACAAGUUUGCAAAGGCUUAUGUAAAAAGAUGUUCAUCCCAACAUUGUUUAUAAUCAGGAAAAAUCAAAAACAGCUCACAUUUCCAUAGAAGAUUGACUCAAUCAAUCAUAGUUCAUUAAUGCAACAGAAUAUUACAUACCCAUUAAAAAGAAUGAGGUAGUUCUAUAUUUGCUGGUAUGAGUAAAAUUAUACUAAUAUGAUAGUUUAUAUAUUGAAAUAAAAGUCUAAAUGAAUUUGCACCAGUACAUUGGUAUAGUAACAGUGGUUUGAGUCUAGGAGGUUGUAGCACAGAAAACUUUUUGUUUCUAGGUUGUACAUUUCUUUAACAUUGGAAUUGCUUAAGUGAAUCUGUAUUUCUUUUGUAGGUAAGAAAACACAAUAAAGAUAAUUUUUAAAGGCUAUGCAUCCUAUCAUUUCACUUGAUUCUUCCUUUCAAGUCUCACCAGUCAUAGAAUGAAAACAAG